AGCAGCUGCACAGUGACGUCUUCAACGCGCGACGCCGUUUCCAGAGGGGCCACGCGUGUUUUUCCGGACCAGAAUCAGGAGCUGUCCGACUUGUUUUGUGUCCAGUUUUGAGGUCCGGUGUGAUGGGGGACCAGAGCCGGAUAUGUUCCGUGUGGCUGGGCUCGGAGACCGGAAUCCUAAAGGGGGUCAGCGUGUCCCGGAAACAGGCCUUUAACUUCUGCAACACGAGCCACCUGAGCCGCGACCAGGAGGUCCGUGGGCUGUGCUGGGGGGACCCGGCGGAGAGCGAGCUGCUCGUGGGCUGCGUGGACGGAACCGUGAAGACGUUCAGCGUCGAGAAGGGCGUCUUCACCGAUUGUCGGCGCUACGGGGAACCCGCGGACGGCUGCUUCACCGGGCUGGCGACGGUGGACGGAUCCACGCUGGUCACCUGCGCGGAGUCCGGGACGCUGCGGGUGUGGAGGGAGGACAGCACCGAGCCCGUGACGGAGAUCAACGCGGGGAAGAACGUGUGCAGGAUGCGGCAGAGUCCGGUCCACGGGAACAAGGUCGCCACCGGCGGGAAGGAAAACGGCCUGAAGAUCUGGGACCUGGAGAAACCGGAGGGUCCCGUGUUCACCGCCAAGAACCUGCGGGACGACUGGCUGGACCUACGGCGGCCGCACUGGGUCAGAGACAUGGCCUUCAUCCCCGACUCCGACAAAGUGGUCACCUGCACCAGUUACCACCAGGUCCACGUGUUCGACCCGUCCACCCCCCAGAGGCGUCCCGUCCUGGAGGCGGAGUACGGCGAGUACCCGCUCACCGCUCUGUCCCUGACCGCCGACGGCUCCACGGUGGUGGUGGGGAACACCCACGGUCAGAUAGCCCUGCUGGACCUGAGGAAGGGGCUGGUGCGAGGCUGUCUGAAGGGGCUGGCGGGGGGCGUCCGGGCGCUGCAGUGUCACACCUCCCGGCCCGUGGUGGCGUCCUGCGGCCUGGACCGCUUCCUCCGCAUCCACAGCCUGGAGGACCGGACGCUGCAGCACAAGGUCUACCUCAAGUCCAGGCUCAACUGCCUCCUGCUGUCGGGACGGGACCUGGAGGACGGGGCGGAGGCGGCGGACGGGGCGAAUCAGGAGGUGAAGGAGGAGGAGGAGGAGGACGAGGUGUGGGACGCCAUGGAGCAGGUGCAGGAGAAAGGGAAACAGAAGAGAAAAACAACAACACAAGAAGAAGAGGAGGAGGAGGAAGAGGAAGAGGAAGAAACACAGAAGAAGAGCAAGAAGAAGAAGAAGAGGAAGAGACCAAGAGACAUUUGAACGUUGGACUGAAACUCAGAAUAAAAAUGUUCCAGGACUCACUGAGCUGUUUGUGUUGAUCUGAGAAUAAACUCAAAUCUGAUUUUACACAUUUUUAAACAUGGAAACAGCUUCUCAACGUCACCAGACUCCAUUCAAAAACUGUCCAUUUUAAGGAGUAACUUUAUUAAAUGCAACAAGUCAAAUUCUAUUCAGACGGUUUAUUUUAAAUGUUACUUUUAUUAGAACUCACAGACCAGAACUGUCCAUCUUAAACAAUAUUUUCUUACAUCCAAUAAACCAAACGACAUUUGGAAACUAUCGAAGAUGCACUGACCAGGCUCCAUUAAAAAACUGUCCGUUUUAAGGAGUAACUUUAUUAACAGGCCAGAAACCUCUAAAACCUUCAAAUGUUUUUACAUAUAUAUAAAUAAUUACAAUUACAUGUGUCUCUUCUUUCUGCCUUGGUUCCUGUUUGAUGAAUGUAAACGUCGCAGACCUGGUACAUUACAGUCAGCCAUAACAUUAUGACCACCAGAACAAACAUGAAGUGUAAGUUUUUAUCUUAGAGUUGACGUUAGAAGGAAGAAAGUUCAACACUGGUCCAAGAAAGAAGAGGAAGAGGAGGAGAUGAGGAGGAGAACAUUUACAACAGAUGAGACCAACACUGAGAGAAUCAUGAGUCUGGUUCGAGGCUGCAGACGUUCUGUGGUUUUAUUGAUUGAGUUCAGUCUGAAAUGUUUGAGAACAGUUAAAAUCCCUUUUUCUGAAAUAAAGUUAAAAAUGAAUCCUGA